GAGCGGCAAGACAACCAACAGACGGAAAAGUUUGCGUCUCAUUCUGGUUUCAGUCGGGCGUCCACUUUAUUGAGCUGAACGUUUAUAAAAUUACAAAAACCAACCCAACAAAGAAAAGAAAGACUGAUUUAGUGAUCUGACCGGGGACUUUAUUUUGGAGUUACCUUCGGCGCUGUGGUGGUGGAUUAACUUGACCGUCAACUUCAAAGCUCUCGGCGACAUUUACUGUAACUAUUUUGAAUUUUAAUUGAAUUUUGAUUUUUGCUGAGUGGAAUUUUGCCUUUGACCUUGCAGUGAUGUUGACAACAUGGAUGCUCAUGUUAUGUUUGCUGCCGACGAUUUUGAAUGCUCAAGCUAGUGCACCUGAGGGCGUUCUAAACUGCUGCGAGGGAGAUGUCCUUUUCCUUCUGGACUCCUCAGGCAGCAUAUCAUCCUACGAGCACUCCCGUAUGCUUGAUUUCCUGUCAGAACUAGUCCUACCCUUUUCCCUCGGCGAGGAUCAGGUGAGGAUUGGACUUUUACAGGUGGGAAGCCAACCACGGCUUGAGUUCGGCUUUGACACGUAUAGCGCCCAAAGCGGCCUCCAGGGGGCUUUGAGGAGCAUCAAACCCCUCAGGGGGGACACAAACACAGUGGAGGCGCUGAGAAUCGCAAAGGAUCGGGUAUUGAAGCCAGGACCUGUGGGCGGGGCCCGUGUGGGGCUCCCAAGAGUGCUGGUUUGGCUGACUGAUGGGGUGAAGCCGGGUGAUGUGAUCGGACCAAUGGCUGAGCUGAAGGAGGAGGGCGUGGCCGUGCUGGUGGUCUCCACUGACCAUGGUAACUAUCAGGUGCUGAGGCAGGUUGUGUCGCCCCCUGCUGAAAACCACCUGUACUUUGUGGACAUUGACGACAUGAGCAUCAUUGCAGAGGACCUGCGGGACGCCAUCAUCGAGAUAAUCCGUGCGGAGCGUAUCAACGUGCAAGACGUCUCCUCCAAUGCCGCCACCCUCCAGUGGCGACCUGUUUUAUCUGGUUUGCCAGGCUACUACGAGAUACGUUUCGGCCCGCGUCCAUCAGGUGGAACAGGAGGUGCGGGAGGCGGCACAGGGACCAGUCCGAGCACUGGUGGAAGUCAGUACCAGAGACUGGUCCAGUCUGCAGAUUCCAAUUCUGUCAGGCUAACAGGCCUGAAGCCUGAUACCACAUACACAGCCACCUUGACACCCGAGUCCAAUGAACAGUCUUUUAACACGCUAUCUGUCACCUUCACAACUAAUCCAGAGGUGCAGAGUCCUGCUGCAGUGACUGUCUCAGAAUCAGGACCGACGAGUAUUCGGGUGAGCUGGGGACCGCUACAGCCGGACGUGGUCACAAGUUACUCCAUUGAAUACUCUACGCUGCCUACUGGCAAGCUGCAAGCAAUCACAGUGGACAAGUGGCAGAACUCUACGCUGCUCAAGAAUCUCCAACCAGAUAGCACCUACUUGGUCACCGUGAACGCACGCCAUUCUUCGGGCAAGGAGAGGGCAAUGUCGGUUAAAGUCUGCACCAAGGAAGUGACUCCAGCCCUGUCCGACCUGCAACUGACCACAGUGGACAGUCACUCUGUUCAGGUGGACUGGAGAGGCAGCGCCGACGGAUUAAAGGGUUACUGGCUCACAUGGGAGGGACGGCAAGUGAGCGCUGACCAGCGGACUUCUGUCUACUUGCCGCCAAAUUCCCUGUCGACACGACUCAGCAACCUCCCACCCUCUGCCAGGGUGUGUGUUUCACCCAUUUAUAGGACAGCACGGGGAGAGGGACUGUGUUGCACCGCACGCUUUACCUCAGAAGCUUCAGCAUACGGCUAUCAAUCAUAGCACCCGAGUGUACCUCACCAAACAUGGAGGCUAGCAAGAAGAACAGGGUGGACUUCAGCUAUAAUUCUUUCCCAUGCUUCUCCGUGGCUCUGUGGAUAUGAUCCAAGGAAUGAUGUGCAGCUUGGCUUGUCCUCAUGUGGAAAGCAUAGACACUCUGAAAGGAGUGGUGCAAGGACAAUAUGGCCGCAUGUUGUCUGUCAAAACGUGGAGAAAACAAGGGACUAUUUUACUUUUUAUUGCUAUUAUAUUGCCUAUGUGGUCUACAAUAUGUUUAUUAUUGAGGUGUUCAAUAUUAGAAAUACAGUACAUCAGAAAAUAUAGGAAACAGAUCUCCUAUUGGCUCAUAUAUGCACCUUUUAAGGAUUAAGUGUAUCUUUUCAGGAGAAGUGCAUGAUGGGAAUACACAUGAUGAUUGAUGUGGCGUGUUUUUGCAGCACAUUUUGACCAUCUCCAAUGUUUUUAUAGCAAAUAAAACCUCUUGAGUUAUCCUUGUAAAGAGUACUUAUCAAUGUUAUGUUUGGAAAUUUAGGUUGGUCACAAAUGUCAAAUGUUAUUCUUCAAAUGUUAAAUUAAGAAAGCACUUUUAUGACCAAACAUGGCAUUUAUUACAAAUAUAAUAUAGUCGCCAUUGUCUAUAUUUCUUCUUCCUGAAUCAUAAUGUAAUUAUAAUUAACAUUACCAUUUAGCAAGUACUUUUUGAGACGUUUCAAGGGUAUUACUAAGUGAGUCUUUGCUGCCCCCUACUGUCAGCAACCACGCACGUCAUUUCAAUUGAACAAAAAUAGGUUUAUAUUUUCCUUAGAGAAAAUGUUUUAUUGUUGACCUGCUCUGCUUUGUACCAUCAAAUUGCA